AUGUCUGCUGUCGAUGAUGUGUUUGACGAUCUCUACCUACGUAAACCCACGCCCGAAGACAUGGGCCGCAUUUUGCGCGUGAAUAUCAUCCGCGGCAUGCCUGGCAUGUUCGUCAAGUUGCGCCGUAAGCGCAGCUUGUCGUACGAUGAGAAGUUGGACAUACUUUGGUUCCAAGCGACUCUCCGCGAGCAAGGCAACCUGGAUGGCACUGGAGCCAAUGUUCGGCUCCUAGGUAGAGCGAAAAAGACUGUACAAGGCGUUCUUGCCGAGUUCAACACCUUGGGCGACCUGUCGGUUGCUGAACCACCAUCCAACACAACCAAUCACCGCACAACUGUACCGAACACUCGUGCUGUCCGUGACCUCGUGAGGACAUUCAUCCGUGACCGCUCUGUAACCCCUACCCGGACGGUCGGGAAGGACGAGUCCCGCCUCCAAGAACACAAUGUCGUGUCGGUCGAUGCCAGCUGCAAGAAGAGCUAUGGUCCCUGCCUUCGCGCAGUGCAGUUGUACCUUGCGAAGCAAGAAUAUGCGAGGGGGAAGCGUGUGGAUGCCACCGAGUAUUGCAAAUGA